CGCCGCUGCUCACUGUCCCCACAAGCCCAGAUCCAGCUGGUGAAGGCGACCGCCCUCACUAGUCCGGGGCCCGGGCGCGAGAGGCGGAGGCCGGAGGAGGCGGCCCGAGCGGCCAGGCGUGCGAGCCCUGCUCACCGGUGCGGCUGGUGAAAUCUUUCUGUGAAGAGGAAGGAUACCUGAUUGUAAACGCGUCCCACAAGCACAAUUAACCAGGAAGCCAGGAACAGUAUGAAAGAACCAUCUAGCCAAGUCUGAAGUGUGAAGACCACCAUAUCCACCAGAAGACCCAGGAUGACGGAUCUGCACCAAAGUACCACAGUCAGAUUGCUGGAGAAAUGGAGCUCCAAUGAGCCACCAUCUGGCUGCCGGAGACAUUAUCAUGCCAGAAAAAAACUGAAGCUAAUUCGGGUCAUUGGCCUUGUCAUGGGCCUGGUCGCUAUGAGCACUGUCCCCUUUUCAAUCAGUGCCUUUACUGAGACAGACACUCAGAGCCACACAGGAGAAGCCAGUGACGUGAGUGGCCCUAGGGUAGCCCAGGGCCACCAUCAAAGAACUCUCUUAGAUUUUAAUGACAAGUUUCUAGAUGAUGCCACACAGCCACCCGCUUCUCAGGAAGACAAAGCCGAGAACAGCACCGACCAUGCCCAGGGAGACUACCCAAGGGACAUCUUCUCCCUAGAGGAGCGCAGGAAAGGCGCCAUCAUCCUCCAUGUCAUCGGCAUGAUCUACAUGUUCAUAGCCUUAGCCAUUGUCUGUGAUGAGUUCUUCGUCCCUUCCUUGACUGUCAUCACUGAGAAACUGGGCAUCUCUGAUGAUGUGGCCGGAGCCACCUUCAUGGCUGCAGGCGGGUCAGCCCCAGAACUCUUCACGUCUCUUAUAGGGGUCUUCAUUGCUCACAGCAAUGUUGGCAUAGGCACCAUUGUAGGUUCCGCCGUGUUCAAUAUCCUCUUUGUUAUUGGCAUGUGUGCUCUGUUUUCUAGAGAAAUCUUAAACCUGACAUGGUGGCCGCUCUUUCGGGAUGUGUCCUUCUACAUCGUCGACUUGAUCAUGUUGAUCAUAUUUUUCCUGGACAACGUCAUCAUGUGGUGGGAGAGCUUGCUGCUCUUAACAGCUUAUUUCGGCUAUGUGGUUUUCAUGAAGUUCAACGUCCAAGUGGAAGGAUGGGUGAAGCAAAUGAUAAGUCGCAAUAAAGUUGUCAAGGUGACGGCACCAGAAGCCCAAGCGAAGGCGAAGCCACGCCUCCAGCGAGGUGGGAGUUCUGCCUCUCUCCACAACAGUCUUAUGAGGAAUAGCAUCUUCCAGCUCAUGAUACACACCCUUGACCCGCUCGCCGAAGGGAGAUUCAGAGAAAAGGCUUCGAUUCUCCACAAGAUUGCCAAGAAGAAAUGCCAAGUGGAUGAGAAUGAGCGGCAGAAUGGGGCUGCCAAUCAUGUGGAAAAGAUCGAACUUCCCAGCAGCACAAGCACAGAGGUGGAGAUGACACCAUCGAGCGAAGCUUCGGAACCCGUGCAGAACGGAAACCUCUCCCACAGCAUCGAAGCCACAGAUGCCCCGGCCACAGAGACCACUGAGGAAGAGGAUGACCAGCCCCUCAGUCUGUCCUGGCCAUCCAACGCCCGCAAACAAGUCACUUUCCUCACCGUUCUCCCCAUCGUGUUCCCUCUCUGGAUCACCUUACCUGACGUCCGCAAACCUGCUUCCAAAAAGUUCUUCCCUGUCACGUUCUUCGGCUCCAUCACUUGGAUCGCAGUUUUCUCCUACCUGAUGGUGUGGUGGGCACACCAGGUUGGAGAGACCAUCGGCAUUAGUGAAGAGAUCAUGGGUCUGACCAUCUUGGCUGCGGGGACCUCGAUCCCUGAUCUUAUCACCAGUGUCAUCGUGGCCAGGAAGGGGCUGGGGGACAUGGCCGUGUCCAGCUCUGUUGGAAGCAACAUCUUUGACAUCACUGUGGGGUGAGUACGGUGUUCUAUACGCAUGCACACCAGCUCCACCUCUGUCUUUUUUAUCAUAGAAGCUACAGAAACAUGAGCUGGCUCUCUGAACCCAAAACUUGUCCAAGUGCCAACCAAAACUUAUGCCUGGGAGCGCCAUUCCAUUUUACCAGCUGGCUUUUUGUUUUCAGGGAACUUAUAAAACGAAGUCAUCCCUAAACCAGCAGAAACACAUACUUACAUACAGAAUGUUCUAGAAGGUAAGAAUUUCACUUACAUAGCUGCGCUCACCACAUAUUAUGGAUGUGCACUGCCCAGGUAGGACUGGGCUGCCCUGGCAGUUUCAUGGUGUUUUUUUCUAUUCUCUAAUUAUUGCCCUGACCAGGUGAGAUUGGAUUCAAAGGCAGCUUGGGAUACACUCAGGCCCAGCACUGAUAUCCUGUCUUCUUGCUUGGAAAAUGCUGGCAACCCAGGUUUUGUGAAAGGCAGGAGAUGAGAUCUUUCCCUGAGCUGGGCAAACUGGCGUUGUCGCUGGGAAUAAUCUGCAGUGAGCCAGAUUGGCAAGGACUCUGUUAUGGCUCCCGUUUCAUCUAACUUGUCAAAAGUAGUUGACCAAUGACCCUGCAUGUCAGCUCCUGAAAAACUCAAGUCACAGAGUCUCUAUGCUGCGGGAUAAUAGGUUUCUUGGCCCUGGAAUUGGGAAAUUCACUGAGAGGUAUCCACUUUCUCAUUGAACAUUUUGAAUGCUGUUCUGUCUUUUUCCUUUUCAUUAAACCAUUGUACAUAUAUUUUUCCUUGUCCACAUGGUGCUUACAGUUAGCAAUUUAAGACCCACAACAGUCAUGUGGAUAAUGUGUUAUCAACCUUAGUCAUUGUUCACGUAGUACUUACAGUUAGCAACUGAAGACCCUCAACGAUCGUGUGGUUUAUGUGUUAUCAGCCUUAUUCCUGAGUGUGGGAGCUGGAGGGCACAGAGCUAAGGCAGCAGGUAAAGAUAGCUGGAACUAGAGCAGGCCCUGAGGACAAGUGAAAGCCUGAGAGUGAAACCCAACUGAGUUUUCACAGUCUGAAUCCGUUGUCAAUCACCAAGGUGCCCUCUCUGGAUCGCGUGCCCUUGCUGGCCACCCACCAAGAAGCCUCUUCCUCUGUCUACAGGAAACCCUGACUUCUUUUCCAGAGUCUAUUCAAAUCCAGGGGUUUCUACUCUGGUAGACUCAGCAUAUUGUAUUCUCACUGUGAUUAUUUCCUCCUGCCAGUCUGCGAGCCCUUCAGGCAUCCCCUGCUGAACUCAUGUAGCCUAGCCCCUGUCUAAUCACGAGGCUUCUAGAAUGAACAGAUACCUGGGUGUGUUUUCACAGAAAUUGUUCUAGGAUAAGCUAUCAGUCCAAUCCUUCCACUUAGAAAUUUACAUUCCCCUUAGAGGGUUCAGCGAGGGGGGAGGGAGGAGAAUGUCCUGUCGUGUAAAAGGAAAGAGUCUACUACAGCUCUAAGUAUUCAGAUAGAUGUGUUUGCCAUGUUUUCCAACGGCACAUGCUCUGACAAUUAUAACACACUCCUUGUUCAUUGUUACCAAAUUAGGUAUAAAUAACAACAAAGGAAGGUCUCUCAGUCUUCACUAGACCUACUGCCAAAAGCCCUUCAUUUUUUAUCUUCUGCAAAGAUGCAAUAAUUUUUCUUAGAGAUUAUUCAGUUUUGUUCUCUUGAAGGGCAUUUAUCUUUUCCAAAGCCGUGUGUUCCUGGCAUGGCGUGGCCUCUCCUGGUAAGCUGGCGG